UGGUUCGGAGCUCUGAAUUAUGGGCCCCUGCCGUCUCAGUGGCUGCUCUUCCGAAGACAUUCGCCUCGACACAGUAAAUUUGCCAAGGAGGAGCAGAUUGUGCUGACGGCUGGUUCGCUGUCCACUGACCGCUCCACUCCUCUCUCAAGACUUGACUCAGUCUGCGGCUUUUCACCCAACAGCGCAGCCUGGAUUACAGAAACAAACACACCUUCAUGCGAACGUUUCCUCUCUGCGGGAAAACAGCACGUUUCCUAGUUGACUGGGCGUUGAGGGUUUUUUUCCCCUUCAUUUUUUUUUUUUUUUUUUUUUUUUGGUGAUGCGUCGACAGCGCGCAGGAUUCUCGGAGGACAGAGACAGGUGAGGUGCGGCUGCUGCUGGUUUCUGGACGCAUCCGAAUCCUGGACGCUUCUCCUAACGACAGUCCGGCAGAGAGGCGACUGGAUCUGACUCCCCACCUGUCCAUCUGCUGAGCUCCGCUGCUAUGACGACCAUGGCCCCUCCUCUCGCCAUUCUUCUCCUACUGCUGCCACUGGCUGAUGGCUCAUUCCCAGAGGAACCCAACCCACUCAGCUACGUCCCUGUGGAGGUGGUGAGGCGCUACCCGGCGUUUGUGGGUCGCGCUCAUCGUUCAGCUCAGAGGCAGGAGCUGCACAUCCAGACGGUCCUUCAAGUCAACCGAACGCUCUACAUUGGAGCCAGCCGCCAUCUGCUGUCAUUCUGAUGAAGCAAUUGAUUUCAAAGUCAAAGACGACUUGUACAGGGUGGAACUGGACAACAUGGCUGGUGAUGAGAUGUUCUACAGCAAGAAGCGGACAUGGGAGUCUAAUAAGAACGAUAUCCGAGUGUGUCGUAUGAAGGGCAAGCACGAGGGAGAGUGCCGCAAUUUCAUCAAGGUUCUUCUCAGCCAGCACGGCGGACUGUUUGUGUGUGGAACCAACGCCUUCAACCCACUGUGUGCCAACUACACUCGAGACACUUUGGAGAUGGUGGGAGAGACGGUCAGUGGGAUGGCUCGCUGCCCGUACGACCCCCGGCACGCCAAUGUGGCUUUAUUUGCAGAUGGAAGUCUUUUUACCGGCACUGUGACAGAUUUCCUGGCCAUUGACGCGGUGAUCUAUCGCAGCCUUGGCGACAGCCCCGCCCUGCGGACCAUCAAGCACGACUCAAAGUGGUUCAGAGAGCCCUACUUUGUGAGCGCCAUGGAGUGGGGGCCACACAUCUAUUUCUUCUUCAGAGAGAUGGCCAUGGAAUUUCAUCAUCUGGAGAAGGUGAUGGUGUCCCGUGUGGCUCGGGUGUGUAAAUCAGACUUGGGUGGCUCCCAGCGCGUUCUUGAGAAACAGUGGACCACAUUUCUGAAGGCGCGACUCAACUGCUCGGUCCCCGGAGACUCACAUUUCUAUUUCAACCUUCUCCACGCCACCAGCAACAUCAUACGCAUGCAGGGGCGGGACGUCAUCCUGGGGCUCUUCUCUACACCCCCAAAUAGCAUCCCGGGCUCCGCAGUGUGUGUGUUUGACAUGCAGCAGCUCGCCCGCGUGUUCGAGGGAAGGUUCAAAGAGCAGAAGUCCCCGGAGUCUAUUUGGACUCCAGUUCCAGACGAAGCCGUUCCAAAACCACGACCGGGAGGAUGUGCAGUUCAGGGAUCCAGAUUCAGCUCUUCAAACACGCUGCCAGAUGAGGUGUUGAACUUUGUGAAGACGCACCCGCUCAUGGAUGAGACGGUGCCGCUGCUCGGACAGCGGCCUUGGGUGGUCAAGACGAUGGGCCGCUACCAGUUGACGGCCAUGGUGGUGGACACCGAGGCUGGGCCCCACAAGAACCGCACGGUUCUCUUCCUGGGCUCGACCAGAGGAACCAUUCUGAAGUUCCUGAUGAUCCCCGGUGGAGAUUCCGUCUCCCAAAGCAGUGUGUUCCUGGAAGAGGUGGAGGGAUUCAACCCAGAGAAAUGCGGCGAGGAUUCACCUCAGGCCCGUCAGCUCUUGUCCCUGUCUUUGGACCGAAUCAGCCACACUCUGCUGCUGGCCUUCCCUUCCUGUCUGGUUCGUGUGCCCACAUCACGCUGCCACCUACACUCCCGCUGCAUGAAGAGUUGCCUGGCCUCCCGGGAUCCGUACUGUGGCUGGACCAGAGGCAGCACCUGCUCCUUCUUACGGCCUGGGACAAGGCUCCCAUUCCAGCAGGACGUAGAAUAUGGGAACAACACUUCACAUCUUGGAGACUGUGAUGGAAUCCUGCAGCAGAGUUUGCUCAUAGAGCCGGAGAGUCUGGUCUCUCUGAAUCUCCUGGUGGCAUCGGCCGUCUCUGCCUUCACCAUCGGAGCGGCUCUUUCCGGUCUCGCCGUCUGCUGGAUCAUGGCCAACAAACCCAACAACCGUCGCCAUGGCAGCACUCAGCAGUCCUCCAUCCAGCGGCGAGACCGAGGCCUGCUGAGCAACGGCAGCGGGAUCGGAGGCUCUGUGCUCAGCGUGACCCGCCAGGGUGGCGGUGAGCGCUCGUGCACUCAGAGCGGGGAGACCCUCUUUGUUAUGCCCAAUGGCUGGGUGAAGUCUGGAGAGCUUGACCCUGGUUUCCUGCCAACACCAGAGCACACGCCUCAGCAGAAGCGCAGAGGCCUUCGGCUGUCUGACUCCAACUCCGGAGGGUGGGACACCAGCCAGACCUACUUAGGCGGAGGCUCUGUGGGUCUGGGUUCACCGUGCCGCAUGCCCCCUUCGGUUUAUCUGACCACCAGACUGUUCCAGCAGGGCGGAGGUGGAAGGCACGGCGGCGAGGGGCGGGGCAGCGACACGCCACGCCAGCACUAUGUCUGCCUGAGCAAGCAAGAAAAGGGGAUGAAGGGAACCCCCAAAGCCCCCCUGAGGAAGUCGGCAGGCGAGUACGUCUACCCCAUGACCCCGCAGGACUCACCGGAGCGGAGGCGGGUUGUGUCAGCUCCCAGCGCUCCAGCGGAGUACAGCGAGCCGCUGCCUCUGCGAUGGCCGGCCCAGGAAGGCUACCUCCUCAGCAGCCACGGAAUGGUCCCCGUCCCACUUCCGCCUCCAUCGAUGCCGCCACCUAGUGGCCCGGCUUACAUGUCGCAGCAACACACCCCGGCGCUCAGCAGAGCCCUAAUAAGGGGGGCUCUGGAGAGAGGGGAGCUGGGAGAGCUGGUGGAUCUGAGCCAGCUCAUGAGCAAGAAGAACUGCAGCGACAGGACUCAGACCGGCCAGUGACUGAAGACCUUUCACUCCCCGGACUCUUUUACUCGUUCAAUGCUCUCCCCCCUUGCAUCGACAUUUCGACUUCAUUCAAUCCUCCUGACUCUCCCAGGUGACUCCCACCCUCCCGGUCUGUGACUGGCUGCUGCCCCUGUCACUCAUAUCCUGGCUCUCACUAAUUGGUCCAUUUGAGUGAAGGUUGUUGCUGUGUCUGCAUUGCAGGGAUGUUUUCUGCUUCCACGGAUGGAGGGAAAGGGAGAUGAGAAGAGAGGGUGAAAGAGAAAGACCCCUCAUAAGUGGAUGAUCUGAUGCUGUGGGAACAUGAGACACCUCAAAGACACUAUAAACAACUGAAAGAAAGGGAAAAUGGGAGGGUGUCUCAUGUUGUUUUCCCUGCAGAAUACCAUUCCUCUCCGAUUCUCCUGCCUUACGUCCGCUGCAAACUCACACAUGUCCCCACACAGACGUCUGUAAAGUAUAUAGGACUCAUGACCGGAGUGCCAACCGCCUCCAACUUGUCUCGCAGGAAUACAGGACCAUCACUCACGCGGAGUGGGGGACUUAAAUGUCAGCACUAUUCCUGCCAGCUAUACGCUCUCUCUAAUGACGUUGCGGGCAUCUGGGUAGUCCAUCUCUCCGUUCAUUUGCAUUCACGGCUCCUCCACUUCCAGUCCAUGAACUCUUUAAUGACCAAUAAUUCCCCGAGGAAGGACGGCACACGACCGACGGAAGAAUAGCCAAGCAGCAAGGCCAGGAAGGAGGGAUGAAAAAGAAUGUGUAACGCCAACGUCCUUCACCGUCACCUGAGGGCUUCUGCACACACGCACAUAUUAAGGCGUCGCUGUAAAGUCGAGUUUUAUUGGCCCCCUUUACAUCACAGUGGGUCAAGGUCCCACAGAUGUGAUACAGAAGCAAGUGACAGCUUCAGCGGCCAUGAUUAAAACACACGACCCAUCCCAGAGCCCAACUGGGGUAAUGGAGAUUUUCACAGCUGGCAAAUUGGGCCGUAUAUAUCCAGACGCAUUAAAGUGUCCAGUGCUAUAGAGCUGUUACCACAGAUGAGCCAUGAAGACACACGCAGAGGGGCAACAAGAAAAACUUUUUUUUUCCAGACGCAGGUUGUGUUGACCUUCAGCAGCAAUACAUGUUUUAUCUGUAUAUAGUCGAUUCACGUCAUCGCAGCGGCGACGAAUGUACGUUUCGUAUCGUCCAUGUGCCGCUAUCUCUCAAUGAUCUACUGAUGCCUGAACACUGAAGCAAAAAAAAAUAAGAGCGAAACUUGUCAAAGUGCCAUAAGCUGAUCCAGCCCGCAGUCUGAUGUACUGCUGCUGUGAAGAACUCUCAUGACUUGCAGUAUAUUUGUAUGCCUUCGGCCUCACACACUGAAUGUUUUACCCCUGAUUUGCGAUGGAAAACUCCUUUUCUUCAUCUCGGCAGUGGGUUUAUAAACCACUUUGGUACGAGACAUGCGAGGAAUAACACACUUUUUCAUCCUCUCAUACUCAUUUCCCGAUCAGUUGAAUAUUUUUUAGGCGGUUCAAAGACAGUUCAACUGGAUGGAACACUGUGUCUUUAAGUGUAUCAUGUCCGAAGAUUGUCUCCAGCUGCCACACUGACGUUAUCGCCAUCUUAUGUGACUGAAUGUACCCCUUUGUUUUCAUGACUCGGGAAAAGCACAAGGACUUUUCUUCAGCUGUAUCAUUUGUACAAAGUGUAAAUAGUCAUGCUACGUUGUGUCGGUUUGCUUUCCGAGGCGGGAUCAUUCCAAUGGCAGGACUCUAUUUGAAGUGCGCGGGUUUCUAUUCUGUUCGUUUCUAUCGUGACAAUGCUGUGAAUAAGACGUAUGUACAGUAAUAUUGUGAUCGCAGGCUGAAUGCUGAGGUCGGCGGUUUCCUGUCAUUAGAGUAGAGUCGCAGGCAGCGUUUGACUGACGCCUGCUGAGUCUUUGCCGCCGCUGAGACACCGCUGUCAUUAUAGUCAUCAAUCUUGGGAGAACUGCUAUUAAAUGGCAUUAUAUAAUUGACUGCUAAUGUUGUUUUGCCAGCUACUGAAUGCACUCUUUUGAAAUAAAUGUGUAUAA